GACACCGGAAACACACAACAGCGGUUUCAUUCUCAAAUCUGCCCCCAAGCUUGUUGGUAGAAGGAGAAGAAGAUGACAUCGGAUGAUGCUAAAGCUGUGAAGAAAGAGGAGGAUGAGGACGACAACAAGAGCUUGGGUUCCUUGGCUAGGAAGAAGCCCUCAAACGCCAACAAUGCAGGUUCGUCAGCUUCGAGGAAAUUGAAGAAGGACGAGGAUGAUGAUAACAAACCCAUUAAGUCGUCUUUAUCUGGGUCUCGUCCAAAGCCGGUUAAGAAGAAGGAGAUUGAUCAAGAAGACGACGACGAUGAGAAGCCUCUUUCCAAGAGGAAUUCCUCUGUUGUUGGCGUCUCAAAGGAGAAAGAGUUGAAGAAAAAGAAGAUGGAGAAAGAGAAAGAGAAAGAAGAAGAAGAGGCAAAGAAGAAGAAUACGGUGAAAGAAGAAGGAGAAGUGAAGAAGAAGAAGGAGAAGAAAGUGUAUGAUUUGCCUGGUCAGAAGAGAGACCAACCUGAGGAGAGAGAUCCACUUAGGAUUUUCUACGAGUCACUUCACAAGCAAGUUCCCACUAGCGAAAUGGCUAAGAUUUGGUUGAUGGAGUCAGGGUUGCUUCCAGCUGCAGAGGCAAAGAAAGUUCUUGAGAAGAAAUUGCAAAAGACUGGAAAGUUCAGUUCUCCAACAAAAUCUGCAGCUUCCACCCCAAGAACGGCUUCUUCUACCCCAAGAAGUACCAGCUCCAAAUCUGUAGUGACCGAGAAGAAGGAAGUUAAAAAACCAGCAUCUGAAGCUUUGUCAGGCAGAAAGAAAGGAAAUGAUUCGAAGAAGCGGAAGAAGGAUUCUGAUUCUGAUUCUGAUGAUGAUGAUGAUGAUUUCGUGGCUAGCAGAGUCUCUAAUAAGAAGGCAAGAGCCAAGUAGUUGGAAAUUUAAAACACUCAGAAAUCUCAGUUGUGUGAUUUGAAACAAUCUAAUUGUGUGUUUCAGGACUUAAUUUGUUGAACCCCUCGAAAUUGAAUUCUGUAUAAGAGUAAUGGCAGAGUUUUGUUUCUAGUCUA